AGUGAUCAUACAGCCACCAACCCACAACAUCGAACUACUGUUGUUGUCCGUUUUCCUUAGUUACCUCUUUACCUUUCACUUUGCUGCUUCUUAUCUUGACUUUUGAAACCUAAGACUCAGAAUGGAACGUGGGGUUCUUGAUAGUAUCAUCAAUAGGCUGCUUGAAGUCAGAGCUAGACCUGGGAAGCAGGUGCAGCUUUCUGAGUCAGAGAUCAAGCAACUUUGUGUUGUCUCCAAGGAUAUCUUCAUGAAGCAGCCCAACCUCUUGGAACUCGAGGCACCAAUUAAGAUAUGUGGAGAUAUUCAUGGUCAAUAUUCAGACCUUCUGAGGCUUUUUGAGUAUGGUGGAUUCCCUCCUCGUUCUAAUUACUUAUUUUUAGGGGACUAUGUUGAUCGUGGGAAGCAAAGUCUAGAGACAAUAUGUCUCCUUCUGGCUUAUAAAAUAAAAUAUCCUGAAAACUUUUUCCUUCUGAGGGGCAACCAUGAAUGUGCUUCUAUAAACCGUAUCUAUGGAUUUUAUGAUGAGUGUAAACGAAGAUUUAAUGUCAAGCUUUGGAAAGUGUUCACAGAUUGUUUCAAUUGCUUGCCUGUGGCCGCUCUCAUUGAUGAAAGGAUAAUCUGCAUGCAUGGUGGACUCUCUCCUGAGUUACACAGCUUAAGUCAGAUAAGGACUUUGCCACGUCCUACUGAAGUACCUGAAACUGGUCUACUAUGUGAUCUUCUAUGGUCUGAUCCUAGUAGUGACGUUCGAGGUUGGGGAGAAAAUGAACGUGGAGUUUCCUAUACUUUUGGUGCUGAUAGGGUCACAGAAUUCCUUCAGAAGCAUGAUCUUGAUUUGAUUUGUAGAGCUCACCAGGUUGUGGAAGAUGGAUAUGAAUUCUUUGCUAAUAGACAACUUGUAACUAUCUUUUCGGCACCUAAUUACUGUGAGGAGUUUGACAAUGCUGGUGCUAUGAUGGCUGUUGGUGAGACACUUGUGUGCUCUUUUCAAAUAUUGAAGCCUACGGAUAAAAAGACUAAGAUUAGCUUUGGGAGCAUAACUGCACCCAAGACUAGUACUCCAGCAAAAGCCAAGCGAUCAUUUCUUGGUGCUAAAGCAUGACCUGAUGGGCAUGACUUCAAUCAGUAAAUGUUUGGAACAUAGCCAAAGUUGACUUAGAAGAAGUGUUAAUCCUGUUCAUUUCAGUGUGAAGGAAGAACACAACUACGAACAUAAAACAGGAGCUUUGAAGAUUACAUGAUAUUAUCUCUGCAUUACCCUUUAGGGACAGCUGAAUGUUUCUUUCUUCUGCCGGCACCUUGUACAUUAUUGUCAAACACAAAUGGAGGAUUGAGGUGUCAUUUUUCUUCUCUUUCGGUUCCCCUAUUAUCCUUAUCUUCCUUUGUAUUAUAAUGAAUUAAUGCAGCAUAAAUUGAUUGUCAUUUGGAAUUUAAAUUUUACCAUUGAGAGUUGGUGUUCAGUUGUUUUGGUUUAUGAUUUUGUCCCUUUGCAAAGGUCAAAUUUUUAUCUUGAAAAUUUGUCUUCGGUGACUGAAAUACUAUAUGCAAUGAUAAUUGUGAGGACUCUUUAUUGAC